AGUUAAGGUGCGGAAGAGGAACAGGUGCGCAAGCAUUUACCGAGAGAGUUUUUAAGCCGACAUAUCGCUGCUGUGUGCUACUCUUUCAUUUGCAGAAAGCAAAGGACCUUUUUAAUAUAUAUAUUUUAAAAAGGACAUAACUUUAUAAGAAGCAAGUAGAGUAGGUCUUUUUUGUGUUUUGCUUGUUGGACUUUAAAGAAACAGGACUUUCGCAGCAGGUGGACGUCUUUGGCUUUUUGUUGCUGUUGUUCCCAACUUAGAAGGAAAACAAGUCGUCGAAAUGGCAAACAAGGGUCUUCAGAUUCUGGGCUUCGCUCUGGCUCUCAUGGGAGUGAUUGGAUUGAUAGUUGGCACCAUUUUGCCACAGUGGAAGAUGUCGGCCUUUGUUGGGUCAAACAUCAUCACGGCAGUGUCUAUGUACGAAGGACUGUGGAUGUCCUGCGCGUUUCAGAGCACAGGCCAGAUCCAGUGCAAAGUGUACGACUCCAUGCUGCAGCUCAACAGUGCCCUUCAAGCAACACGCGCCCUCAUGGUCGUGAGCAUAAUUGUGGUUGUAGCUGGGAUGGGGGCAGCUUGUAUGGGGAUGAAAUGCACCAACUGCGGAGGCGACGACCAGGUUAAGAAGGCAAAGAUUGCUAUGACUGGUGGCAUUAUUAUCUUGCUUGGAGGUAAGAAGCAAAUCCCUAAACUCAAACCAGGACCUUUCAAAACUAGUGGAAACGUAUCAAAUAAUGCAUGUUCUCCCACAGCUUUGUGUGCCAUUGUGGCCUGCUCUUGGUAUGCGAACGACAUCGUCCGAGCCUUCUACGAUCCCUUCACUCCUGUCAACACAAAGUAUGAGUUCGGGUCUGCCAUCUUCAUCGCCUGGGCUGGAUCUUUUUUGGGUAUAAUUGGAGGUGCUAUGCUGGCGGCAUCCUGCCCAAGAGAAAAGCGUUCGCCCAACUAUCCCAUGUCCAGCAGGCCCCCCAGCAACAAGCAGGACUACGUUUGAAGAGGAUAGGAAUUGGUUAUUGUUUGAAAGAACAUUUUAAUAUUCACGCUGAAUCCAUCUGGAGAAAUGUAUAAAAAAAAAAGUAUCCAUGAAGUACUGACUUUAUUUUAUAUCACCUUUUUAGUUUUUUGCAGGACUACCAUUGAUGUUACUGUAAUAUUUUACCAAAUGCUUUGAAAAGUUUUUUUUAAAUACCGGCUGUUUACUUCAGAACACACCGGUCCUGUCCUGUCUGAAACCGUAGUCUGUGCUUUAUGUGUACUUUUCAGUGUACUGUGUAUGUAGCUGACAGCUGUAAAACACUAAGUUAAUUAUGGAGAACCUUGAUGUAGGAAGCACUUCAUUUGCAGUACAUUUGAAUGGACAAUGUUGGGUAACAUCUGUUUUACUGUAAGGGUUUGUUUUUUUAUGUCCUUUUUAGACUAAGGUCUUUUAAUGCAUUAGUAAUGAUACUAUGACUUGUACUCAGAUUGCCAAUUUUGUAACUUGUGUGAAUGAGUUUUGCUUGUAUUGGCUUUUUUUUUUAAUCUGAAAUUUUUAUGUUGUAAAUAAAGUUAAAGUGCAAGAUCUAAUUUCUUGA